AUGAACAGCGUCAACUGUAGCUUGUUGGCCGCCGGAAAGGCAACGCUGUCUUCUGUGGAUGUUGGCAAGCUAGUGCGCCUUGCCUUUGGAUCAACUGUAGAGAGGAAAAGCGUCAGAGUUCACGGCUGCCGCUCAUACGUUUACUGCGGUAUCCGGAGAAAGAGUGAUCAUGAGGAAAGUCCAGCCAAACGUUCUUGCAUACAAGAGUCAUCAAAGGAUAUUACAUCACCGACCUCUGACCAUCUACUACGAAUUACACAAUUAGAAGCUGAGCUCAAACGUGAAAAGAAGCGCGGACAAGACUUGGAGGCUGAACUGCAACAAUCAAUUAUUCAGAGUCAAUCUAUCCAGUGGCAUCAAGUAGGUACAGAAAUUAACGCAGAGCUGGAUGUGCUACAGAGAGCUGGAGGAAUCAUGUCAACAGGUCCAGUUGAUGCAGUAGAUGCAUCUUCACUGACUGCAGACUUUAGUUUACAUAAUCUACACAGCCAAUUACUGACACACGCUCCCAAAAUUACAUCACUGCUUUCCUCAAUAGGCCAAGCUGACACCACUACAGGACCAAAAGAUAUCUACAGCUUGGCAGCAGUCUGCUUACUAGCGAAGAAGGCAAGUAACAAGGUCAAAGGUUUUCAGCUUCUAGUUAGUCUGAUGUUGGUUGCCAGGGCAACUAGUAAACAAGUCACUACUACUCUUAACCAUAUGGGUGUCUGCUUGUCAUAUAGUCAAACUUUUAGGUAUGUGGAAAACACUGCAAAGGCAAUAGAGCAGAACAGAGAGCUUCAACAUGGAGACUGGAUUGUUGCCUAUGACAACAUAAAUAUUGAGAAACGUGUCACCCAUGAGAGACAUGCCAGACAUACAGAGGCAUGGAACUUCACGAGCUGUUUGGCUGUCAAAGUAGCCAGACUUCCCCCACCUGAUUACAACACAACAGAAUUACCACAAUGCACUCGAGGAGAUUUAGCUGUAGAAGACAUUCUACCGAAUGAUGAUGACGACAAAAAAUUUCACGAAUCUGCUCAGACAAGAGUUCAGAAGGUACUCAUACACAGGUUCAAAUGCUGCAAUCACCUUAAAGCAAGACAUCAAUAUGACAACCAUGACCAACCAACAACAAAAUCUAUUAUCCACCCUAUUGCAGUGAUAGACAUAGAUGAAAGUUACACUGACAAUAAUGUUACUAUUCUUGAAGAAUUUCAAAAAAUGCUGGCGAUAGAUGACACUGUUCAACAAUGUGUUGUCGGUGACCAAGCGACUUGCAGGGCAGUUCGUGCAGCUCGGCGUAGAAGGGUAGCAGAUAUUUCUUCAGCACGCCUCCUAUGGGCGAAAGAGAAUCCUGGUGAUUUCCACUUCGCAUGGGAGUGCCUAAAAGUCAUCUUCCUCAUAUUUUGGGAGUCACAUGAUUUUCCUGGCUCAUUGGCUCAUCUCAGCAAACUGAUCAACCGAAGUGGAGUCACCGCUGCUGCAAAAAAAUUUCAACAGUCCGAUGAGUUCUUCAAACAUGCAUUAGAAGCACAUCUGACUGCAUCCCUCAUCACCUUUCUCAACAUAUCUGCUAGCUCAGAUUUAAUUGUACAAGAUGCAACCAUUAUAAUGAACUCAUGGCUAAACGAAACAGCAGAGAGAUUCGCCAAUGAAGUGCUAGUUAUAGGAACAGAUGAAGAUGACCGUGAUGCAGACAACCUGUAUAAUUUCCAUCGUUCUUUUCUGCGCAUGGCCCUCCUUUAUGAAGAUUUGAGGGAAGCCAUCAAGUACGAAGAUGACCCAAGAGUUAUCCAACAUUGGCGAAUGUGGUUACUGUACUUCCUCGCAACAAAGAGAAGCAACUACAGCAAUGAAGCAGCAAAUCUCUUAGCCAAUCUGAAGGCUGACUUUUCCAAGAGGCUUGCUUACAUAGUAACUCACAACAGAGCUGUUAAUUCUCUGGGCAUACCUGGUCAUGGGAAAGCAAUAGACAUGGCAGUAGAACACCACAAUCUUGUCAUCAAAACAGCUUUACGAUCUUCUGGUGGCAGUAUCACCCUCCAUCAUUUAAGAGUAAUAAGCUUAGCAUCUCAGCUAUUACAUGAUGCUGCACUGUUAUGCGAUCAGGAAGUUCAUGCUCCUCAUGUAGGUACAAGGCAUACAAGUACAAGUGCUGAAAGAGACAUCCAAAUGAUGACAUCCAAUCUAUUGGCCAGUCGAGUCACUUGUCGGAUUCCCAAAAGAAAGUUGCCAUCUAACAGACAUUUCACAACACCAGAGAAAAAAGGAUAUGAAGUUGCCUUAUUCAAGCAAUGGAUUGCAAAGUUCCUAAGUAAGACAGACCUGAGAAUUGAGGACAAUCAGUCCACUGAAGACCAUGAAGAAAUUGAUUCUCUUGAUGACAUACAGCUAUGA